AUGGCCACUCUGAUUGUUCAUCCGCUUGAUAUUGUCAAGACUCGGAUGCAAGUCCACCGAAGUAGUCCAACCAACCCUUCGGCAGCGCUCACCACCGUCUCCGUCUUCCGGAGUCUAGCGCAAACCGACCGGCCCCUCGCCGCCCUCUACCGCGGCCUCACGCCGAACCUCAUCGGCAACGCGACCAGCUGGGCCUCUUUUUUCUUCUUCAAGUCCCGCUUCGAGCGACUCAUCGCUCACCUCAAGGCCCCUCCUUCACCACCACCACUACCACCUUCACCUUUAGCCCAAAUCAAAUCCCACCUCUCCCCUACCGACUUCUUCGCCGCCUCCCUCCUCGCCGGCGCCGCCACGCAAAUCAUCACCAACCCCAUCUGGGUCCUCAAGACACGCAUGUUGUCGACCGACCGGCUUGCCGCCGACGCCUACCCAUCCAUGUUCACCGGCGCCGUGCGCCUCUUCCGGAACGAAGGAAUUCUCGGCUUCUACCGCGGUUUGGGCGUCGGCAUGCUCGCCAUCAGCCAUGGGGCGGUGCAGUUCGCUGUGUAUGACCCCGCGAGGAGGAUGUAUAUCGCGUCCAGGGAUGCCAAGCGACGACUGGCGGGCCAGGAGAUCGCUGCAGAGGAGAGAGAGAGUCAAAGGAUCUCCAACGAGGCGACGAUUGUCUUGUCCACUGUCGCGAAGCUGGUCGCGGGCACGGCGACGUAUCCGUUGCAGGUCAUGAGGGCGAGACUGCAGCAUCAUCAGGCUGACGAGCUGUUUGGUAGAGGCAUAGGAGGGGUGGUGGCGAAACUGUGGAAGGAGGAAGGGUUUAGAGGGUUUUAUAGGGGAAUGAUGCCUGGUGUGGUGAGGGUGCUGCCAGCGACGUGGGUGACGUUUUUGGUUUACGAAAACGUCAAGUAUUACUUGCCUAAGAUGAUGGGUGGUGUUUGA